AUGAGGUAUGCGGCAGGGUAGUUAGUGAGUGUUGUGAUGGCGCAGGGCCUGCUCCUGCCGGCGCCGCCGUGACAUCGAUGGGGCCCAAGUGAGCCUAGGGUCGGCCGAUAGACUGACCCUCCCUCGCCUCCGCGCUCCCACCGCCAAGCGGCCUCAAAGCACCGCUUUACACCUUCAGGUAACACACUCAUCAGAAACCAUGGAGUCCAUGCUUAAUAAACUAAAGAGCACUGUUACCAAGGUAACAGCGGAUGUUACCAGUGCAGUGAUGGGAAAUCCCAUAACCAGGGAGUUUGAUGUGGGACGCCACAUAGCUAGUGGUGGGUCAGGAAUGGCCUGGAAGAUUUUUCAUGGUGUAAAGAAGUCAACAAAACAGGAAGUGGCUGUGUUUGUUUUUGACAAAAAGCUAAUCGAGAAGUACCAGAAGUUUGAAAAGGACCACAUAAUCGAGUCACUCAAGAAAGGUGUGCAACAGCUGACGAGACUGAGGCACCCACGACUGCUGACUGUACAGCAUCCACUAGAGGAGUCCAGAGACUGUUUAGCCUUUUGCACGGAGCCCGUCUUUGCAAGCUUAGCCAAUGUCCUCGGUUGCUAUGACCACCUACCGUCUCCUGUGCCUGCAGAAGUUAAAGAGCACAAGCUUUAUGAUGUGGAAAUCAAAUAUGGUUUGCUGCAGGUUUGUGAAGGCCUCUCCUUUCUGCACAGCAGUGUUAAGAUGAUUCAUGGGAACCUAACACCAGAGAAUAUCAUUCUGAAUAGAAGUGGUGCCUGGAAAAUCAUGGGUUUUGAUUUUUGCAUAUCAUCUUCCAAUUCAUCGGAACAGGAGCUUAAAUUUACAUGCAAGGAGUGGGACCCAAACCUUCCUCCUUUGUGCCUUCCAAACCCAGAGUACGUUGCUCCAGAGUACAUUCUAUCGGUGAGCUGUGAUCUGGCCAGUGACAUGUACUCCUUAGGAGGUGUCAUGUUCACCGUGUUUAAUGACGGCACACCCAUCUUUGAAGUUAACAAGCAGGACAUCUUCAAGAGUUUCAGCAGACAACUGGAUCAGCUCACUCGAUUAGGCCCUGGCAUACUGCAGAAGGUUCCCGAGGAGGUCCGGGAGCAUCUGAAGUUGCUCCUAAAUGUAACGCCUGCUGUGAGACCAGAUGCUGAUCAGCUGUGUAAGAUCCCUUUUUUUGAUGACAUAGGGGCUAUGACUCUGCAGUAUUUUGAUUCCCUCUUCCAGCGAGACAAUCUCCAGAAGUCACAGUUUUACAAAGGGCUGCCGAAAGUUCUGCCGAAGCUUCCCAAGCGGGUUAUAGUUCAGCGUAUCCUACCAUACUUGACGUCAGAGUUUGUGAACCCGGACAUGGUUCCCUUUGUCCUACCGAAUGUCCUGCUCAUCGUUGAAGAAUGCACCAAGGAGGAGUACGUUAAGCUAAUUCUCCCAGACCUGAUACCAGUCUUCAAGUUGCAGGAGCCCAUUCAGGUGCUGCUAAUCUUCUUGCAAAAGAUGGAUUUGCUGUUAACAAAAACUCCUCCAGAAGAUAUUAAAAACACGGUCUUACCGAUGAUUUACAGGGCUCUGGAAGCACCAUCAAUUCAGAUUCAGGAGCUUUGCCUGAAUAUAAUUCCAACAUUUGCUAACCUGAUAGAUUAUCCAUCCAUGAAGAACUCUUUAAUACCUCGCAUUAAGAGUGCCAGUUUACAGACCUCCUCCCUCGCGGUGCGUGUGAAUUCUCUGGUUUGCCUUGGCAAACUCCUAGAAUAUCUUGACAAGUGGUUUGUCCUAGACGAAAUCCUUCCUUUCCUACAGCAGAUACCAUCUCGGGAGCCUGCAGUUCUGAUGGGAAUUUUAGGUAUCUACAAAUGUACCUUCAGCCACAAGAAGCUGGGAAUUACCAAAGAACAGUUGGCCUCCAAAGUGUUGCCACACCUCAUUCCCCUCAGCAUUGACAGUAACUUGAAUCUAAACCAGUUCAAUUCCUUCAUGGGAGUGAUCAAGGAAAUGUUAAGUAAGUUGGAGGGAGAACACAAGACUAAACUGGAACAACUGCACAGCAUGCAGGAACAACAGAGAAGUCUGGAUCUACCUGGCCAGUUAUCCAAAGCUGCUGAGUCGAAGGAAAGUCAGGACAAUCAGAUUGACAAGAUCUUCUCCGGUUUUGGUGUGGACCAAACACACACCAAAACUAACAGAAAGGAAAAUGGUUUGGCCUCCAACCCACAGAAGCAAGUCAAGGCCUCUCUGACGUUGGAGGAAAAGCAGCGUCUGGCUAAGGAGCAGGAACAGGCUCAGAAACUUCGCAACCAGCAGCCGCUUGCCCCAACAGCUGUCAAGGUUUCUGCUCCCAGCUCACAGACAAAAGACCUGACGAGCAGUCUGUUGGAAAACAUGACGUCCAUGAACUCGUUCUCCAUCAACUCAUCCAGGCCAGGCUCUACACAGACUGCUUCUUCGAGCGGCUUUUCUGCCACCGGUCCAGCAAAUAGCACCGUGGGGUUCACCAGACCCAGCACCAGUCUCAAUGCCUUAGGGGGCACGAGCAACGGGGGAGUCUUCAGUUCCACCUCACCUUUCCAGUCCUCUUUCGCCAUGGGGAUGGGCAGCACAGGGCAGAAUUUCUUCGCCACCCAAGGGAACUCCAGCAUGAGCUGGAUGCCCGUGUCGUCGUCUGCCAGUCUCCCAGCUUUUUCCGGCAUGGGUUCUUUGAGCCAACCCUUGCGCGCUUCAGCACCACAGCCCAGCAAAGCCAUGAACAUGUCUGCUCUAGACAACCUGCUGGGCCCUCAGAAGAGCAAAGUCAGCAUGAACCAGAUGGCCCAGGUGUCGCAGAUACACACGGCACCUCAAAACCAGUGGCUGAGCCAGUUAGUUCCUGCCCAGGGCUCUCCGGCUGCCAACAGCCCAAUGGGAGGGCCACAUCCAAGGGCCAUGGGGCAGCCGGCAUUCCCUGUGACCCCUCUACCGGCCAACCCAUUCAUGUCGCCCCAGAACUUCGCCCAGGCUGGCUUGCCCACGAACUCCACGCCGUCCAGCACGUCAGCCAAUAACGACUUGAAGGACUUGUUCGGCUAGUAAUUUCCCACCUUUGCUGCAAACAUUUUACUUCAUCCUCCUCCCCCCCCCCCCCUCACCCCACCCCCCUGGACAGAGACCAAUUAAAUAUGUUUCAGUUCCAUUUGGGUACUCUAUGCUUUUAUACAGAAGUUGUUCCAUUUUCUUUGCUGCUGUGAAACCCACAUGGCCUUACGCAAUAAAAGCCACAAACUGCUUCGAAAACGUAUCCCAUGUGUCAUAGGUGAUCUUAAAGUUGUUCUUUAGCUGGGUGUUGCAGUGAGGAGGUUGUCCACCUUCUAAAUUCCAUCCAGUGAGAUGCUGCCUAUCUGGGACCAGUUCUGGAGCCUUACUUAAUGAACAGUGAUAUUGUGCAAUGUAAUUUAUUCCAUGUCUUGUUCCACAGUUUCUGUUGAAAUGGCAGUAAUAUUAAUGUUACCACCUUGGCUUCUGAUAAGUGAACCUACAUUGCCUGGAGGACAGAGUGAGGUAAUUUACAGUAACCAUCUGAUCUCUCCAUCUCCUCAUCCGGCAAGAAGAAACAUGAGCCACCAUAUUCUUAAAAUUCGCAGGAAUAUCUCUGAUCAGCCAAGCCACGGUUCAGACCCAAUGUGAAUACUCUUGACACUAGCAUUAUGGCCUUUAUGGAUACUGAAUUCCAAAGUAACUAAACAAAGAAACAUUCCUUUUUUUUAGUUCUAAGAUACUUGAGUGUCUUGAAAUUGUCUUCGGGUCAUUUUUAGGUAUUCUGUUUGAUUGUAAUGGUUUGCUGAUGAUAAAAUAUAUUGUGUGCAUA